GAACGAACCGCGUCGGUCCGUCCCUCCAUACACGCGUCGCAUCCCCGCUACGUUCACUAUAAAAGACUUGAACGAAACCUGCCGCGCGCUAUUACAAAAGUGUCUUUGUGAUUUUUCCUGCCGUAGUUUUUUAAAUCAUCAAUUAAGAUGCACGUGUGGUUGGUGGCGGCCUGCGCGGCGGUGCUUGCAGCAUUGGCGACAGCGCAAAAGCCUGGACGGUUUCUCUCCCUCCCCAAUCCUCAAAAAUGCGCAAGCAGACCAAAGGAGUUCUUCUACCGUGGCCACAACUACUUCUACAGCGGCCAUGUCCCCGAGCUAGCCAACAGGAAGGUCGACUGGUUGGACGGCCGCAACAUCUGCCGCGAGUACUGCAUGGACCUGGUGUCAAUGGAGACGCAGGAAGAAAAUAAUCUAAUCUUCAAACUUAUCCAGCAAAAUGACGUCCCAUACAUCUGGACAUCUGGCCGUCUUUGCGAUUUCAAAGGAUGCGAAUCGCGUAAGGAUCUCGAGCCUAAAAACAUCUUCGGAUGGUUCUGGUCUGCCAAUCGUGAAAAGAUCGGAGCUACUAACCAGAUUCCCAACGGCUGGGGCUACAACCCAUGGUCCCAAACCGGCCACAAGAAGCAGCGUCAACCCGACAACGCUGAAUUCGACAUCAACGGAACAACAGAGUCGUGUCUCUCCAUCCUCAACAACGUAUACAAUGACGGCAUCGCGUGGCACGACGUGGCCUGCUACCACGAGAAACCGGUAGUGUGCGAAGACUCUGAGGAACUCCUCAACUAUGUCGCCAGUACUAACCCUGGCAUCCGUCUGUGAUCCAACACAAUCUAAACAUAAGCUCAUAUAUAUUUUCAUUUAGAUCAACUCAGAAUUAAGCUCGCUGCAUACGUAACGUGUUUAAUCCCGGACAGGACAACAACUUUUGAAAUAUGUAAUACACAUGAAAUUGUAGGUAUAUGUCAGCGUAAAAUUGUAAAUAGGUACCACAAGAGUUAGCUUUUAGCGAUGUUCUGUGGUAAUUACCGAUAGUUUAAAAUCUCGCGAGAUAGUGACCUGUCGAUAGAUUCCCCUCCACGAAUGAAGUCCCGCGGCUAAACCUGAACUAAAAUUGACAGCGCCUUAAACAGAUGACACUAGGACUGCCAUUACCAGAGACAAUGAGCGCCAUUAAGACAUUAGCACCGCAUCUACGGGAUUUGUUUCGUGGCGCGGAGUAUAGAUUGUGAACUCCUAUGAACCAAAUUUUGAGUGGCUCAGAAACCAAUGGUUUAGGUUAGGUUAGGUUUUUUUUUUAUUUGUGUUUGUACACAUAAAAAUUAUUAAAUUCCGUGAAAUCUACCUAAUUAACACGUUAAAUUGUAAGCAGUACAUAUGUUGCGGUUCACAAUCUAUCGACAGUUUAUAAUCUCGCGAGAUAGAUUAUAAUCUAACGGUGUUUACAAUUUUUAUUUUAUAUAUACAUCUUUUUCACGUCACGUCCCGUCGCCGACCCGUCUACGUCCAAAAACCCGUUGCGUAUGCAGCGACCUUAACUUCAAUGAUGGUGGAGAAAGCUACAUUUACACUGUGCGAAUUUCUGUUACUAGGUACAUCUAAAUCAUAGUAAAAAUCGGGCGACUUAGCUGAAACAUACUUUUAGUAUCAUUAAGAACUAACAAACAAAUUAAUUUUAUUGGUGAUCGCCCGACUAUCAAUGUAAUACUGAAAUAUCAUUACAAAUGAGGUACUACUAGUAAAUACUAUUGUAUUAUUUCUAUCGACUGUUUUUAAUCCAUUGUAAACCUCAUCUGUAGAUAUUUUGCUUUUCUAACUAAAAUAAGAUACGCUGAAAAUAGUUUGUUUACUAGUUUGUCAUUAGAAAGACCAAUCAAAUGAUGUCUUAAACUUUGCCACAACAAAAAACAUAUCCCGAUUUUUGUACCAAAAAGUACCAUAUUAUAUGCAAGUAAGUAUUUAUCUAAGUGCAAGUGAUAAUGUAGCUUCAUUUCAUCUAACAAUAACUUUAAUAGUUUACUUCAAGCACCAUAUUUUAUGAAGCACCAUACAGAGGACUUGCCAUACUCCCUACAUAUUAUAGCGAUCUCUCACACGCACUGCCUUCCCGUCGUACAAUAUCUGUACAGAAUAGCAUAAGUUUAAGUAAGUUAGUAAUAUUAUUUACAUAAGGGAUGAUUUCCAUUUGUAUAUAAAAUAAAAAUACAAAAAUAAUA